GUAACACGGAAGUGGACGCCCCCUGAUCAACAGCCAAUGACAGAAGCCUCCGGCUUGUUGCUUCAGCACACAGACUGUGAACCGGCUAAUUUGGAGCGGCGCGCGCGCAGUGAUGGAGCGGACGAACAAACGAGACGAGCCCAGCGAAGGGUUUGCCGGCUUCCGCACGGCUUUCAAAUCCUUCGCCACGGAUGCCAUACACGUUGGCCAGGAGCCGGAGCAGUGGACGUCCAUGGCUGUGGUCCCGCCGAUAUCCCUGUCCACCACCUUCAAGCAGCACUCACCGGGAAACCACACAGGCUUUGAAUACAGCCGGAGUGGAAACCCUACCAGAAACUGUCUUGAGAAGGCUGUGGCAGCGCUGGAUGGAGCAAAGUACUCUCUUGCUUUCGCCUCAGGGCUCGCAGCCACGGUGAACAUCACCCACCUUCUCAAGGGAGGUGAAGGGGUCAUCUGCAUGGACGAUGUGUAUGGAGGCACAAACCGCUACUUCCAAAGAAUCGCAGCUGAAGUUGGUCUGGAUGUAACUCUAACUGAUUUCACAAAGCCGGAGCUGCUGAAAGCUGCUCUGAAGCCCAACACCAAGUUGGUGUGGAUGGAAAGUCCAACCAACCCUAUGAUGAAGGUCGUGGACAUCAAGGCCUGUUCUGAGUUGGUGCAUGAGCACAACAAAGACAUAGUAGUGGUGGUGGACAACACCUUCAUGUCAGCGUAUUUCCAGCGCCCCUUGGCUUUGGGAGCUGAUAUCUGCAUGUAUUCAGCCACCAAAUAUAUGAACGGUCACAGUGACGUUGUGAUGGGUAUGGUCUCGGUGAACAGGGAUGAUCUGCAUGAGCGACUAAGGUUUCUGCAGAACUCCCUCGGGGCUGUACCGUCUCCUUUUGACUGCUACUUAUGUAAUCGUGGACUGAAGACGCUACAUUUGCGCAUGGAGCAGCACUUCAAGAAUGCUAUGGCUGCUGCUAAGUUUCUAGAGGCUGACCCCCGAGUGGAACGUGUCCUCUUCCCAGGCCUGCCCUCCCACCCUCAGUACGACGUGAUGAAGAGACAGUGCACCGGCUGCCCGGGGAUGAUUACCUUCUACAUUAAAGGGAAACUCGAGCACGCCACCACCUUCCUCUGCAGCCUUAAACUGUUUGCCGUAGCAGAAAGUCUUGGUGGAUAUGAAAGUUUAGCAGAACAUCCGGCUAUCAUGACCCAUGCGUCUGUGCCAGAAAAUGAGAGGGAUGUGCUGGGGAUCAGUGACACGCUGAUCCGCCUCUCCGUUGGCUUGGAGGAUGAAGCGGACAUCAUUGAAGACCUGGACCAGGCGCUGAAUGCUGCUCAUCCAGAGAAGGAGUGAAACAUCUGCUGGGUGUCCUCGAAGCUGAGGUUUCUUCCUCUGAAGUACCUGAAAACCUUUAACCGGUGAAGAUGAGCCUUUCAGGGAACAAUUAGUUCCUAGAAAGAUACAAAACACCAUCUGUGAAUAACUACCUGAAAAUGUUACUUGAUGAUUUUUAAUUGCUUUACUAAAGCAUCAGUGGUGUUCUCUCUUAUCUUAUGCUGGUUUUGCUUUGUUUACAUG